AGGGAUAGAGCUGGUGCUCACAGGAAGCCACGCGCCCUUCAAAGGCACCUGUCUUUCUUAGCGCUGUGCUUCUCGGGCACGCCUGGCACUGGCUCACGGACCUUCCUCAGAACCACUGUCAGAAAAGCAAGAAAUCUUAUUUGCUCUUCCCCUCAUUAGCUUCUGGCUGGGGUCAGACCUGAGUUGAGGAGCUGUUAGAUUUGAAAAUGAACCCCACGGAUAUAGCAGACACCACCCUGGAUGAAAGCAUCUAUAGCAAUUACUAUCUCUACGAAAACAUCCCGAAGCCUUGCACCAAAGAAGGCAUCAAGGCAUUUGGGGAGCUCUUCCUGCCCCCUCUCUACUCCCUGGUCUUUCUGUUUGGCCUCCUUGGAAAUUCCGUGGUGGUUGUGGUCCUGUUUAAGUACAAGAGGCUCAAGUCCAUGACGGACGUGUACCUACUGAACCUUGCCAUCUCAGACCUGCUCUUCGUGCUCUCCCUCCCUUUCUGGGGCUACUACGCUGCAGACCAGUGGGUUUUUGGACUCGGGCUCUGCAAGCUCAUUUCCUGGAUGUACUUGGUGGGAUUUUACAGCGGCAUCUUCUUCAUCAUGCUCAUGAGCAUUGACAGAUACCUGGCGAUUGUGCAUGCGGUGUUUUCCUUGAGAGCGAGGACCCUGACUUAUGGGGUCAUCACCAGCUUGGCCACAUGGUCCGUGGCUGUACUGGCCUCCCUUCCAGGCCUUUUAUUUAGCACCUGUUACACCGAGCGCAACCACACCUACUGCAAAACCAAGUACUCUCUCAACUCCACGCAGUGGAAGGUGCUGAGCUCCCUGGAGAUCAACAUUCUCGGACUGGUGGUUCCCUUGGGCACCAUGCUGUUCUGCUACUCCAUGAUCAUCAGGACAUUGCAGCACUGCAAAAACGAGAAGAAGAGCAAGGCAGUGAGGAUGGUCUUUGCUGUGGUGGCCCUCUUCCUGGGGUUCUGGGCACCUUACAAUGUGGUGCUCUUCCUGGAGAUGCUGGUGGAACUGGAAGUCCUUCAGGACUGCACCUUUGAGAGGCACCUGGACUACGCCAUUCAGGCCACGGAGACCCUGGCUUUUGUUCACUGCUGCCUCAAUCCGGUCAUCUACUUCUUCCUAGGGGAGAAAUUCCGCAAGUACAUCGUGCAGCUCUUCAAAACCUGCAGGGGGCCUUUCAUGCUCUGCCAAUACUGUAGGCUCCUCCAGCUGUACUCCCCCGACACUCCCAGCUCGUCCUACACACAGUCCACUGGGGAUCACGAUCUCCAUGACGCUCUGUGAAAAGUGAAGAGGUUAAAGAUGGAGUUGAGCUUCCCAUGUUAAGAGCUCAAACUUGUAUUAUAGUAAGAGUUCCUGAGCAAGUGGCAGGAAGAAGACUUACAUCCACAGCAGGGCGUGGGCUCCUCGCCCCGAAGUCAGCUUUUCCUCUUGCUACGUGCGAGUUCAGUGCAGCAAGAGUUCAACAGGGCUGUGGCAGCCCUCCUCUCCCCAGGCUUGCCUGCAGGGAUGAGUCAAGCGAAGGAGAAGUCAAAGCAGCAUUUCAGUGAGGCUACACAUAAUACUGUAAGGGAAGGACCCUUUAUUCCCUUCUAACCUGAGCUGAUGGCGUUCUCCAGGCAGAACUGUGGAGCAUUGACUGAUGGAAUCAAUUGCUACUCCUUGCUGCCCUUUAAUGAACUUCUAGCUUUUGCGGAACAAUAUAGAAAAUUUUGACAUGCUGUCCUAGUGUUUUCCUAAUAAUAUAUCCGAAGCAUGGUAUGUUCCUGGAAGCCAGGUGCACACAGAAACAAAUGGUGAAGUAAUGAACCUGGAUCUUGGGUCUUUUAUUUUAAAGGAUGAUUUGUUAAUGGAAGCCAAACUUUUGAUGCUGAUUACAAGUGUAACGAUGUGAAGGCAUAAGCAUGGUCUGAUUUCCAAACAUGAAAUACGAGGCAUUAAAAAAUCCAAACACGUUUGUGGAAAUUCAAACACACUUUCAUAUGCUUGUGAGCAUGUUUUGUUUUAAUAACAGAUGAAUAUUCAAAUUUCACAAAUAAUAUGUAGAUGCAGAUACAUUUAUUUAGGGUCUCUUGUGUACAAACAGAGCCUUCAAAACUACAAAUAACAAGGGCUAAUAAAGUAUGACAAUGCUUCCUUAAUAAGUUUGUGCCUGCCAUCAAGCAAGGCAAGAAUAAUCAACUAAAGGUUAUCACUGAUGUGGCAUAAACAGGGCCGUCAAAAUUUAUGAAGUUGUGAAAAAUGUCAUCCUCUCUUUUAAAUAUCGGCCUCCUUUUUAACUAUUGGAUGACUCAAAAUUUCAGUCCGUCAUUUCUUACAAGUCAUUUUAAUCAUAUAAUUAAAAUAAAUCUGUGUUCUUACAGCCUUAAUUAAUCAGAAUUAAGUAAAGACUUUAAUCAAGUCGGGGGUAAUCCCUUCCCCCCAAAAAACCUGUCUUGCAAACUAUUAACUGUUAGCUGUUUCAAAUGCUUCUGUAAGUUUACACGUUAUUACACGCUCCACAUUUAGAAAGGAGGCAUUUCCAGAAAGUUGAUUUUCAGAAAAGUGAUUUUAAAAGGGUAAGUUGGUGUUGCCUUUUAGACAAAAAUAAACUUGUAUAUAGUCCCACGGACCCU